AUGCCAUCACCGCGAACGCAUGUCGUCGACCUUGCCUGCAUGCCGCGCGAGAAUCUCAUUGAAAUCGCCAAGAAGCAGGCGAAUCAGAUCCGUGAGAAGAACACGCGCAUAUCGGCCAUGGAGGCGUUUAUCGAAAGCCUCACUGGCACGUCCGCGGAGGAGAGCCUCUUGCAGCUCCCGCACGCCAACUCGAGCACCCCCCCGCACAACUCGAGUACUGACACACCAGCCACCGCUUCCGCAUCGCAGCUGCUUCAACUGCAGCAGACACGGGAGGAAGAGCAGCUUCAGAACACCUUGCGUGUCUCGGGGCUGGAGGAGCAGCUGCGUGAGAGGCAGCGUGAAUAUGACCAGCUUCAGGCGAAGGUGGACGCGUGGAAAACGAAGGUUAUGGCCAUCAUGACAGCUGACCAGGAGCGUAUCCGCGGCCUCGAAGCUCAACUGGCCGCGGCCGCGGCCGCAUCACGCGAACCAUCGUCGUCUUCCGCUCCCUUCAACGCGCCUUUCGGAGUGGCAGCGGCACCUUCACCGGACGCUGGUGAGUCUUAUAUGACUACCCAGCUUCAGCAGCUGCAGGCGCAGGUAUCUGCUCCUCAGCAAGAGCUCUGCACCGUUAGGGAAGAGCCUCAACAAGCUCAGUCUCAGCUUCAAGAGCAGCACCGCUCGGCACUGCAGGCCCUGUUGCCGUCCGCCGCUGCCACAUUGACCACGGAAAACUUGAUGAGCGCACCGUCUGCAGCGCUGAGACCGCCGCCCUCCACUUCCUCAGAAGAGUUGCCCGGCAACACUUUGUCUCUGCCCCCCGCACCGAUAGCUGCAGCGGAUAUUCCACCUGAGGUCCUCCAGGAAGCCGUGCACCUCCAGCUAGCUUCGUGGAAGGAACAGGUCGAAAUGGCCAUGCUGGCGGACAAAAACCGCGUUCAGGAUCUCGAGGCGCAGCUGGAAGCGCUGGGGACUGCCACCGGUGUUGAUCGCGCUUGUGAGGCCGAGCGCGCCGCGGAGAUGGAGGCGCUGCACGCGGAGGUGGGCCGCCUGCAGGCGGCGCUAGAGGCCGCGAGGCACGAGCGCGAUUUGGUGCAGGAGGCUGACAGGUCGGAGGUGGAGUCCUACCGCACGGCGUUCAAGAGGCAGAUCACGGAGCUGAACUGUGAAAUCGAUGAACUACGCGCCGCUGCUGCUACGGCCAAGGAGGACCGCGAGGCUCUUCUGAGCGCUUGCGCUGCCGAGCGCGCCGCGGAGAUGGGCCGCCUGCAGGAGGCGCUAGAGGCCGCGGAGCGCGAGCGGGACGAUGCGGCUGUCUCGAUGAAGGCAUUAAAGGCAACGAUGGAUGAGUGGAAGGUGAAAGCGGGAAGCGUUGUGGAGAAUGGUGAGCUGCAGCAUCGCGCAUUGGAGGCGGAGGUGCAACGCUUGAAGGAGGACCGGGUCGCUGCUGGUGCUGGUGGUGAUGCGUCGUGCGCAGAGAAUUGUCAGGGGAAGGGUGAUGGUGAGUUAGGUGCGGCUUCCACCUCAGUGGACCGAAAGGAGGCGUGGUCGCAGGCGGAUGUGGUGGCUUAUGCAUCGGGGGACAGUACAGCGACGAGGCCUGCCGCGGGUGCCCUUCAAGACGUUGCGGUGCAGACUUCGAUCGCUGCAGAAGUUCCUCUCCGAGUGGUCAUGGACGUGGCUUCGGUGCCGAGCCCUGUUGCGCUGCCCGAGCUGCACCUGCAGAGCACGCAGGCCCUGUUAAUGGAGUGUGAGCGCGCUGCAAUUGAGAACAGGCGACUCCAACGCGUCGUUGCGCAGCUGUCCAGAUUCCGAGAGGAGGUAAUGAGGGAGGUUCAUGCGGUUGCUGCGCCUCCCUCUGCACCCGCCUCGUGA